AUGAAAUUCCUCGAGCGGUCCCACUCAGCACGCAUGAAGAAAGACGAACCAAAAGGUGCAGGUCCGAGGAUGGGUCAGCGCAAAGUGGCUGAGCAUCAACCACGCCGCGAUGUCUUCGAAUCCAUCGACGAAGCGGUUGCGGAACACAGGAAAUCUCUGGGCAAGCGACCGAAUACAGCGGCGGGGCUGGAGAAGCGUAAGCGCAGCUUGUCCAAGGCUCGCACGGCGGCCAGAGAGGUCAAAGAGCCAACAUGUAGCGAGGAUCUCCACCUGGUCGGCCAGACGCUUGAGUAUAAGGACGGCCUGGAUACCUUCAGAUUCCCCACACCUUCACCUCGACUACCCCCUCCCCCACGGAGUGCCACUUUCCACCAUUCUCCGUCGCCGUUGCAGCAACACGAGAGUCCCCUGCAGAACUACGAAAGUCCAAAGAUUGGUAUUGCUAUUGGUAGUCCCUCGAACGCGCCGCCCAGCUGGGGCCGGUCAUUUACAGCGGAUCACAUCUCGACGAGGAUGCAUCAACCACCCAAUCGUGCACCACCUCGUCCUCCCGGGGAAGAUGUGAUUCUCAAUCAAAGUCCCGAGCAAAGGAGGAAAAAGUCGAGCUGGAAGACCCUAGGUACCAUCUUUCGCUGGACGUCCAAGUCCACACAAGCGCAGCGGCCAACCUCACCUGGCGAUCCACCAGCACCAUGCUCUCCCAUCAUCCGCACGUUGGCUCCUUCGGAAGCACCGUCGCCUGUGCUCCCCUCGCCGAAGCCUGUCUCGAACAAACAACAUCGACGAAUGCAUUCCGGGUCACCCUCCCUUCAUCAAGGCGAGACACGACCCGAAUCUCGCAGUGAGGUGGAUCGCACCUCCUUCAUGCCAGCACUGAAGGCCAGAAUCAGUCGUGUGCCUUACACUCGUGGAAGUUCGACACCAUCUCCUCGCCUCAAAACACAUAGAUAUCAGGACUCUGAAGAUAUCUUCUCUCCCAAAGAGCAGGAUCGCCACGACUCGCCAAUAUCGUCAGACAACAAGGGCAUGGAGGCUUUGUCGAUCGCGCGAACGCCAAGGCUGGAAGUGACAUUUGAAAGACCCGAAUUUGAGAGGUACAGCGUCAUGUUUGAGAAGCUGCUUUCGAACGAUUCGAAGCCGUCGUUGCUUGAACGGAGACAGUCUCGACUACAACGAAAGAAAUCAGGCAAGAGACCAGCUACAGAUGAAGAAAGUUGUGAGGACUUGCGUAUCUCGACUCACAUCUCAGCAAUACCACAACGCAGCCUGACUUCCCCUCAUCUGUCACGGUCGCUGUCGAUUAAAGUGGAGGGCAGAAAUGUCGAGAUCGAGGGAAUGACAGCGCAGGGUCCCUCGACGGCGAUUCACCGACCCAGGCCACUGGUACGCUCCAACACGGCACCCCCUGGUGCAGUCUCGCCCGUCACCGCCGCUUUCAAAGAGCGCAAAAGCACACUCGAGAGCUCCCCUGAAUCGCCUGGCUCGGCUUUCUUCAGCGAAGCUUCGAUCCCGACGCCAACAACCGUUACGACCUGCACGGACAGAGAAUCGAUUCAUAAGGAGCUUGAGCAAAGCGAGCCGGCAUGGGACAUGAUCACCUCCGUUCCAGUCAAGGUCGUCUCUCCUCCAGGACCGACACCAGAGACCGGCAAAGGCAAAGGCAAAGCACCCGAACCAUAUCCUCGUGUGAAGUCUCCAAAAGAUCUGGAAAGGCAGAUUGUACAAGUCUCGGUGGCACGUCAAGUUUCAGUGAGUCGCGCGAGGAGCCGCGUGCAGAAAGCCGUGGCCACGAGUUCGUUCAAACAACCUCUCCGACCGCGUGUUGUGGAACUUAGCAGAAAUCGGAAGAGCACGGUUGGUGUGUUGGAGAACUCAGAUGACAUACCCUCUGUACCGAGUAGAGAGGGUAGCAAAGCUGAGAGCGACAUUGAGAAGGAGCCCGAUUCUCAGAAGAUUGGAUCGACAGGACAUACGGCGCGAAAGGGUGCUGACGAGAUGCCUCCUAUACCCACUAUUGAGGUGUCAGAUGCGGAAGGUGAUGUCAUGAGACAGGUUGCUUGA